UGAGCGCAACGAGACGACGUUUGACGCCGACGACGACGAGGACGAGGACCUGGAGGGCGUUCGGUUGCACAGGAAUGAGCUCGAAGGGCAGGAAUCCGGGAACAAGAACUGGACGGACGAUCGAAUCGCAGCGAGCGAAUCAUUCGUACAGGUAUAGGCGUAUCGCGUGUGGCGGAGGUCGGAAUGUUGUGUGGUUCUUCGGUGGCACAGUUGCGGGGCGUAAUCUUACCUGGAGGAACGACAAAGUCCGGGGUAAUGAAUGAUCACAGUAGUGCGCUCUGCGCUUGAUUGAUUGAUCGAGAGAAGUUUGGGGUGGGGGUUCGAGAGAUCAAAGGGGGGAAGUUUGACCAUGUAGGCGUGCCCUGUGUGUGUGUCGCGGCGGUGCAAGAGGUGACGAUUGGGGGCUCAUUUCGCUUUGAGCGUAGCGUAAGUUAUGGUCGAAUGCGUGGUGUCGUGAGGAUCGGGGGGAGCGAGCGAUGAAGGGAGGUGCAGUGACAGACAGUCGAGAGAUCAGGUCGCGUAACGCAGAGUUAUUAGGAGGUGAUUUUCUUGUGAUGCGCGGGGUCCAACGCAUGCCAAAUUAGUGCACUCUGGCAGCUCAAAGAACAUAAAGAAAGGUAGGGAACCAGAGAAAACCGAGCAAUAGGGCAAAAAGGAUGGGAAGACCUCAUCCAUCAUGUCGUACAGGGAUGAACCGAGGGGGUAGGAUGGCGCUAGGCGCCAAUAAGUAACAAGUAAGAAAAUGAUGAAAGAAAUUAGUCACACGGGAAGUAGGAAGUGGAAUUAUGCCUGCCAAAAGGAGGGAGGUACAGGAUGGUGAGGACAGGAAGAAGCGCAAUGAAGGUGUUGUGGACAGCACCGUAAUGCAGUACACAAUGAUAAUUGUGCUGCAACUGUGGCUCGGCUUUCGCUUUUCUCACUUUGGUGUUUGCUACGACGACGGAUGUACACCUGGUCUGCCACUCCACUCCGACUCGAGUUCACGAUGCGCGGCGUGCCCUACCUACUUGGCACGUACCUUGUGAUGAGAUUUGAAGAGUGAGUGGCAAGCAGUUUGCUUCUCACCUAACAAUUGGCCUACAGCACAGCUCGGUAGACCGGCCAUGGCGGCUUGGUUCCGGUGAGAUUUGUAAGUGCGAGCAUGGCGAGUAACGCUUUGACGUCACUCGAGUGGCCUCAGCCUCUAUCCCGUAACCCAAGGGAGAAUCCUCAUCUCUUCUCGCUGUAUCCUGUUCUCCUGGCAGAGACGAAUGGAUGAACGUGGAUUCCUUCUGUGAUCCGAUCUCAUCAACUUUUUUGUUUUUGUUGGAGGAACACAGAGAACUUUUAUUCAGACAACCAAAAGAAACCAAGAAAAGGAACGCUGCCUCGAACGGAGGUCGAAACCGAUGGGCUCUUCCCACCCUUUGUGCGAUCUUACUCGCUCCUCGCCCUCGAACAGAGGUCGGAUCGCCUUUCUUCGCUGUAUUGCAGAAGAUCUCGUCUGAAACUAUGGCCCUGGCGUUGAGCAGAGUCGUCAGCCAUUGCUGCAGGCCUCUCCCUCUUAUGACUUCGUAUGGCGUAACAGUGAGUACAGCGGACCCGCGAGCUUUCGAUUCAUCGUUGAUCACCAGGAUUACUGAUUUCGCGCUAUCGGUAGACAAACCAGCAACGCACUUUCCGGUCCACAACGAGAAAGUAACCCAGACCAUUUAAAUAAAGUACCAUCCGAGCAUCUUCGAAGCUUAGCCUGCAUGGCCAAAAGCUACGACUGGUGACCUAUAUCUUCCCCACCAUCUGUUCCCGAGAGUGUCCAAACUUAUGUCACUGAACUGGGACUCUGGAAGUCAUGGAGUGUAAAGUCGAUGGCAAGAACUACCGAGCGAUCAAAGCCAUGUAAAAAUCAUUUCUU